AUGAAUCUAUCGCCGAUAGGAAGUCAGCUGCAACAGGAGCCACUUUUGCGAGCGAAAAAUCUGGGCCGAAGAGUUUCAGUACAAAACAACCAGCUGAAUAGUAACUGGGAAAGAGUGAAAAAGUCACUGGAGAAGAUUCGACUCUUUUCCGAGAGUAAAAUGGAAAAGGACAAAAACGAAAUGCUGAAAUAUCAAGAGAAACUCAGGGGAAGCAGUGGAACGUACCAAUUUUACGAGGAAGCAUCCAAGGUAAUGACAACACCAAGAAGCCGAGCAACGAGUUUCACUAUGGGUCAAGGGGAAGCCACGAAACAAGAAAAUCUGGUAAGAACACGCCAACGGCGUUCAUCCAUUUCAAGCGAAUCGUCAGCUCAAACUAGCACAGUUAGUUCUGAGCAAAAGCGAGUAUUUCGAAGACGAGCAAGUUUAUCACUGUUAGAUCUUCGGAAGCUGAACGAAGGUUUGGCAGGAAAAUCUCGUUUGGCAGAUAAAUCAAAGCCUUUUCUAAACCCUUUGGAGGAAGAGCCUGCAAGCAGGCGAGGGUCGGUUUUCGAAAACAACGAGGGCGACGACGAACCCAUUCGACUCCCGCCGACGGUUCGCUUACCCCCGAUUUACCAGAUACGACCAACGAAACUAUCUACUAGAAAUUUUGAAAAGGAUUUUGAAUACGAGAGAGGGACAAGAUCCGGUUCAGAUGGCUUAGAAGACUUGAAAUACUGUCGAUAUCUUAGAAACACCAGAAGGAAGAGUAUUGCAUAA